AUAUAUUUUCAAUUUAGCAGAUGGCUUAAUCCGGAAAAACCUUUUACCAAAGCGAUAAUUAUGUCAAAUAAUGGUGGUUCGCAUCCCUAUGUUCAGCAAAAGAAAUUUACGCGCUUUGAGCUGCUUUAAUUCCUAAUAAACCAAUUUCCAUCCCUUUAUAUAGUUAUUAUUGUUAUUUCCCUCCGAUUUUCCACUUCUCUCCUGUCUCCAUCGUUUCCCAUAAUGGAGUCCGUCGAUCUCAACGAAACAGCGAUUGCCAACGCCAACCACAUUGACCAUGGCUGGCAAAAGGUAUCAUAUCCUAAACGCCAACGCAAGACUAAGCCCAACACCGAUCCCGAAAAGGCUAACCUUAUCCGUUCCAACGGAACCCUAACUAACGGCGCCCCUAACGUUUUCCUUUCCGUAGAGCAACAGUCUGAGGAUCGUCGCCGUCGGAUCAUCGAGGCUCAAAGAGCUUACGCUGCUGUCGUUGAUUCCAAUACGAAGGCUAAGCAUAACAGAUCCGACCUUGAUUACGACGAUGAUGACGACGACAGUGAUCUGGAAGGCGUUAAACCUAACGGAAAGCCGGCAGAGGGGGAAAAGAAGGUGAAGCAAAAGAAGCCGAAAAAGCCUAAGGUUACGGUUGCAGAAGCCGCAUCAAAGAUUGAUGCCGCUGAUCUCUCUGUUUGUCUCGCUGAAUUGAAUGGUGAACAGCAGGAAAUUCAAAUGCAGAAGUUUGCGAAUUACUAUGGCAAGGCAUUUCAGGAAGUGGUAGCGGGGCAGUUUCCUUGGGUGAAGAUGUUUAGGGAGACUACCGUUGUCAAGCUUGCUGAUAUACCUCUUUCGCAUAUCUCUGAUACUGUUUGUAAGACAUCAGCAGAUUGGAUCAGUCAACGAUCCCUUGAGGCACUUGGUUUCUUUGUAUUAUGGUCUUUAGACAUCAUUCUUGAGGACUUGGUGGCCCAGCAAGUAAGUUCUAAGGGCUCCAAAAAAGGUGUGCAGCAGACGUCAUCAAAGUCUAAGGCUGGAAUAUUUGUGGCAUUAGCAAUGGUAUUGUGGCGUAAACCUGAUGCCUUAAUUAGUGUAUUGCCAAAGCUGAGAGAAAAUUCGAAAUAUCAAGGACAAGAUAAGCUCCCUGUUAUUUUAUGGAUGAUAAUUCAGGCAUCCCAAGGUGAUCUUGCUGUGGGGCUGUACAUGUGGGCACAUCACCUCUUACCUAUAGUUGGUAACAAAAACUGUAACCCACAGUCCAGGGAUCUAAUUUUACAGCUAGUGGAAUGGAUCUUAUCUGCCUCAAAAGCUCGGUCAAUUUUAGUAAAUGCAGCUGUUAGAAAAGGGGAACGUUUGGUGCCACCAACUUCAUUUGAGAUACUAAUGCGAGUUACCUUCCCUGCAUCUUCGUCUAGAGUAAAGGCAACCGAAAGGUUUGAGGCCAUAUAUCCUGCAGUAAAGGAAGUGGCUCUUGCUGGUUCUCAUGGAAGCAAAGCAAUGAGACAAGUGUCUCAGCAGAUAUUCAACUUUGCUGUCAAAGCAGCAGGAGAAAGCUAUCCUGAGUUAUCCAAAGAAGCAGCUGGAGUAGUCAUAUGGUGUUUGAACCAGAAUGCUGACUGCUACUUGCAGUGGGAGAAGAUUUAUCUUGACAAUCUAGAAGCAAGUGUUGCUGUUCUUAGAAAACUUUUGGAGGAAUGGAAAGAACACUCUGUAAAAUUUACUACCCUUGACCAUUUGAGGGAAACCGUCAAGAAUUUUAGGAACAAGAAUGAGAAAUCAAUGGCCAGUGGAUCAGAUGCCGCUAGACAGGCAAUGUGUCAAGAUUCAGAGAAGUAUUGUAAGCAUAUAUCUGGGAAGCUAUCGCGAGGCCAUGGGUUGAUGAAAACUUUGGCCAUUGUUGUCGUUGCAUUUGCUGUAGGUGCUGCUGUUGUAUCUCCCAACAUGGACACCUGGGACUGGAACAAACUGUCUGCAGUUUUUAGCUCUUAACAAUCUUCCCCGUCUCCUAAACUUUAAGAUAUUUGGUUUCCUCGGUCAAGAGUUCUUUUUUAAUGUAGAGUUUCUAACUGGAAAGGAAAAAGAAAAAAAUGUCUUUUAAUAUGGGAUUUAGGAGGAUAGUAUCAGAAUACAGGCUGCCGUCUUAAAGAAGCGAAGGCUGGAAGAGGAAAGUCUUGCAAUGAGUUGGGUUUACUACAUUUACAUGUAUUUCCAGUAAUUUGUUUUCAUGACUUAUAGAUUCAAAUAAUUUGAGGAUUAAUCUGCUUGGUGGAAA